UUUCAGAAUGACAAUGUUUACAUAUAAAAGGUGUUGCAAUAAUAACGAAAAUACAUUGUUUUGUUAAAUUCUAUUCCUAUUUCUUCUUGCUAUUGCAAAAAUGCUGCGAUUCGCUUUUUUCUUGUGUGCUCUUAUGGUAUUCUGCAAUGCUAUGCCAGCCCAUGAUAUGCCAGAAGAAGAAAUAGAAAAGAUGAAGAAGUUUCACGAGGAAUGUAAAGCACAGACAGGCGUCGAUAUGGAGGAAGUAAAAAAAUCAUUAAAAGAAGGUACACCCACUGAUGCCAUCAAAGAACACACAUUGUGCUUUAUACAAAAAACUGGUUUGGUAGGAGAUGAUAACAAAAUCGAUAUCGACCUGGCAAAAUCGCAUUUUGAAUCAGUGUUUCCUGAAUUAGCAGAUACCAUUAUGGCAGACUGCAUAUCAGACGAGGAAAUUACGAAAGACUCUGCUUACAAUAUGGCAAAAUGUGUAGUUGGCAAAAUAGGUCAUUAGAUAAAAUUGGAAUUUAUAAUUACGUAAUGGAGAAAACAAAUUAUAUAUUUUUUGUUAGUUUACUAAGCUAAAUUUUGAUACUGGAUAUAAUUCUAAAAUUGUCUUUACAAUUUAAUUAGCAUCAUUUCAUUACUUAAUCAUGCUUGGGAAAUUGUAAAUGUAUCAUUCGAAACUUUCAAAUUUAUUUAAAAAUAGUUGAAGUUUUAAUGUUACUAUUUGAAAAGAUAAAUAAUAUCAACUGAUGAACAUUAGAUAUUUCAUAUUUGUUAAUAGAAAAUUUUCUGAACGCAAUUGUUACUAUCCAGUUUCAGAAUUGUAGGGAAAAUGUAGAGUAGAAGAAAAUUGAUGUUGGUUGUAAUAAAAUUUUGUUAUAAAUA